CUGAGAAGAAUCUGUGUUUGGCGCUAUGGACUCACUGACUUCUUCGAGUCGUAGAUCCUCUUCCUCAUAUCGCUCCUCAGCCCGUUACAGCUCCAGUAGUUUUCGGUCAGAGAGCUCACGGGUCGGGUCAGGGGACUCCUUGGAUGGUCUUUUAGAGCCUUUUCUUGACUCGUCGGACUCAUCCAGCUUGUUUUGUGAAGAGGGCCAGGCCCCAUUUGGUAGGCAAGGCAGAACCUCCUAUGGAAACAGUGCUCCAGUGGGGGGUGUUGUGCCCGUUUGUCAGACCGGCGCCGGAAGUGUGCAAUGUGUAGGAGAUAGCUACUAUAUGUCCGCCGAUGUCAGCCAGUUUGAGCCGCAUGACGUUGUGGUAAUGGCAUAUAGCCAUCAUGUCGUCAUUCACGCUCAGAAGGUCAUGGAUGACGGAAGUGUCAGUGCCACAUUCACCAAUAAGUCCCAAUUCCCGAAGGACAUGAAUCCCCUUUCUGUCAGUGGGACCUUCAACAGUGACGGCAUCCUGAUUGUGAGUGUUCGCCGAAACAACUCUACAGAUGGGCGGGAUCUUCUGGCUGUGCCUACAUACUAUCGCAGCGAAGCUCACCUUUGACCACAGACUCAAAGUUCAGCCUCGAUCUAAGCUUCUGUAUUGACCUUGCAUAACAAUUCUUGUUCAUUGUUAUUCAUUUAGCUUCUGAUGAGUUAUUGGUGGAUGUCUGAUGACCAGCCAAUAUAUACCUACCCUAUAAAAAAGUGAAUUAAUUUGCCAUUUUAUCAAUCAUUUUUGUCACACUCAUACAGUGCUAGGCUAUUCUUAUAACUGUUGAUUUAGAUUUUUUAUAAAAUUUUGUAAAGGGUGGUGCUAGAGGGCCGUGGAUGCCAUUAUAUUUUAGUGAGAAUACACAUUGUGUGGAUUGACGAUUAUCUUUUUUUUUUUUUUUUUUUACCAAUAAUCUGCUUGCCUUGGAGCAGUGGUGCACAUGAUCCAAUAAAAAUGAAAACACUUAGCACUUAUUGAUCGACACAUAUUGAUUGACACUUGCUGGAAGAUACAACAAAUAUAAAUAAAUAAAAAAGCACCGUGACAAAAAGA